GAGAGUGGCGGGGAGCCCUGCGUCGGUGAGCAGGGCCAGGACGACGUGGAUAUGAACAGCGGCCACGACUCCAGCAGCGGCAACGACUGCGCCAUGGACUCCUGCGGGCGCUCGUCCUCCACCAACCGCAGCUCCCGGAGCACCACGGGCUCGGGCAGCACCAAGAGCUCCAAGUUCCUGGCGGGAUCUUCCUCCUGCAGCCUCCACAGCGGCCGGUUGGGGGAGGGGGCGCACCGCACCGAGGGCAGCGGCAGCGACCAGCAGGAGCGGGAGAGGGACCGGACGCACAGGGAGAUGAUGCAGACCGUGCAGGAGAUGAAGAAGAGGCUGCCGUCCGAGAAGAAGAGCCGCAGCAAGGCCAGCACGGUGGAGGCCCUCAAUUACGCACUCAACUGCGUCAAACAAGUACAGGCUAAUAGCGAAUACUACAAGCUGUUGAUGAGCAACGGGCUGGAGAAGCGAAAAGAAACCACAGUCUGCACCCUGGAGGAGCUGGAGAGCAUCACCUCAGAGCACACUCUUAAAAACACGGACACGUUCGUGGUGGUGUUCUCCCUGACCAGCGGACGGGUCCUGUACGUGUCCGAGCAGGCCUCCUGCAUUCUCAACUGCAAGCGCAAGUUCCUGGACUCGGUCAAGUUCGUGGAGCUGCUGUACCACCAGGACGUCAACGUCUUCUACUCCCACACGGCCCAGCCGCACCUGCCCCCCUGGAACGUGGGCUCUGACAGCGGCGUUUUGUUCGAAUGCUCCCAGGUCAAGUCUUUCUUCUGCAGGAUCAGGGGCGGGAAGGACCGGGAUGGGGAGCUGCGGUAUAACCCGUUCCGCAUCGCGCCCUACCUGCUGAAGGUGCAGGGGGUGGUGGGUGGGGAGGAGGAGCAGCCCUGCUGCCUGGCGCUGGCCGAGAGAAUCAUCUCGGGAUACGAAGCCCCUCGGAUCCCCAUGGACAAACGCAUCUUCACCACCACACAUUCCCCAGGCUGCGUCUUCCUGGAGGUGGAUGACCGUGCUGUGCCUUUGCUGGGAUACCUCCCUCAGGACUUGAUUGGAACCUCAGUGCUGACCUGCCUGCACCCCGAGGACCGCACACUGAUGCUGGCCAUGCAUCGCAAAAUUCUGAAGUAUGCGGGCCAGCCUCCGUUCGAGCACUCCCCGAUCCGCUUCCGCUGUCAAAACGGGGACUACAUCACACUGGACACCAGCUGGUCCAGCUUCAUCAACCCGUGGAGUCGCAAGGUGGCCUUCAUCAUCGGCAGGCACAAAGUCCGCACUGGCCCUCUCAAUGAGGACGUGUUUGCAGCGCGGAGCAAAGGGGACCUGCCGGUCAUUCACGAGGAGAUCAAGGAGCUGCAGGCGCAGAUCUACAAGCUCUUCCUGCAGCCCGUCCACAACAAUGGCUCCAGUGGGUACGGCAGCCUGGGCAGCAACGGCUCCCACGAGCACUACAUCAGCGUGGCGUCCUCCAGUGACAGCAACGGCAACCUGUGGGAAGACACGCACCGCGAGCCGAUGACACUGCAGCAAAUUUGUGCUGACGUCAACAAGGUAAAGAGUUGGGGCCAGCAGGCUUACCUGGACUCGCGGAGGAAGCUCACCCCCAUUGUGAAGGCCUCCACAGGGCCAAGAGCUCCUCUUCCUCACCCGGCUCAAAAUGUGGAGGUCAGGGGUCACCACGGCCAGUCCCACGAGGAGUCCAGGAAGCAGCCGCACGUUCCAUCCUACCAGCAGAUCAACUGUGUGGACAGCAUCAUCAGGUACCUUGAGAGCUGCACUGUUCCAGCACUGAAGCGCAAGAGCGAGUCCCUGUCCAUCGCUACCUCCUCCUCCUCAUCCUCCACGUCGGAGGAAGACAAGACCCCCGCGGCCCUGCACGAGGGCACGGCGCACACAGAAGAGGUGGCGCUGGUGGCCCCUGGGGUCCCGGACAGCCAGGUGUCGGCUGAGUCUGCGGCGGCGGUGGUGGGCGCCCCCCUGACGGACAUCACCCUGUCCACCAAGGCCAUGAGCGUGGUGUCUGUCACCAGUCAGUGCAGCUACAGCAGCACCAUCGUCCACGUGCCCCAGCCGGAAUCUGAGGUGACGGCGCUGGAGGACGCCCCGAUGGGCAGCGAGCAGGCCGACCCGGCCCCGCCUCCGCCCCGGCCCCAGCCCAGCUCGGCCGCCGCCCCUGAGGAGUUCCGCGUGGUGGGGCUGACCAAGGAGGUGCUGUCAGCGCACACGCAGAAGGAGGAGCAGGAGUACGUGGACCGCUUCCGGCACCGCAUCCUGCAGAGCCCCUACAGCUCCUACCUGCAGCAGGACGACGGCAGCAUGGCCCACUCGCACCACCAUGGUGACCAGGCCAUGAGGCCGGUAAGUGCAGGCGGAUGGAACAAGUCCAAGACCGGCAAGCCGAAACACAAGCGGCCUAAACCGCAGUGCUCGUCGGACAGCUAUGCCUCCCCUCCCGGGAACUGCCGCCCCCCUCGCCGGACCCCCGUGGCCCUGGACUCCUCCUGGCCCCCCUCCGAAUCCUCCCAGCGGCAGCCGACGUCCGACGUGGGCUUCAUGCCACCCCUGGUCAUGCCCUUCCAGCACCCGUACUUCAUGCUGGGGCAGGUGGGCGGGGACAUGAUGGGCUCCGCCCCCAUGACUAGCACCCUCCUCAACCCGGCCGGCCAGCAGAGCGGGGUUCCCUUCGUUCUGAGGCCAGACCAAACCUUGCAGCCCAUGCAGCCAGUACAACCCAUGCAGCCACUGCAACCCAUGCAGUCCAUGCAGCCCAUGCAGCCAGUACAACCCAUGCAGCCCAUGCAGCCAGUACAACCCAUGCAGCCCAUGCAACCCAUGCAGCCGGUGCAGGGAAUGAGCCCUUACAUGGCGCCCGUUAUGGCUCUGAUCCUGCCCAACUUCCCCACCUACCCCAACUACCCCAUGUACCCCCAGGGGAUGCCCCCAGCGGCGGCCCCAGCCCCUCCCCUCCUCCCCCAGCCUUACAACAUCGCCGGCUUUGCCCCCGCCCCCUUCCCCAUGGCCCACACCCCCCAGACUCCCAACCUGGUUUCCUCCCCGAGCGCCCCGCCGUUCCUCUCCUCCCCCAAGCCGCCCUCCUCCCUGGGCGAGGACCUGGACGCCACCCAGCCGCCCGCCCUCUUCUCUAGCUCGCGCUCCAGCUCCCCCCUGCAGCUGAACCUCCUGCAGGAGGAGCUGCCCAAGCCGGCCGAGCCGCAGAGCAGCGUGGGCCGGGCAGAGAGUCUGCACGAGCAGCGCGCCAAGGGGGAGGACGCGCCCAGCGAGUCGGGUAACCACGACGCCCAGUCUACCUCCAGCGAGCUGCUGGACCUGCUGCUGCACGAGGACGCCCGCUCCGGCACCGGCUCCAACGCCUCCGGCAGCGGCUCUGGGGAGUCCGGCGGCUCCCUGGGCUCCGGCUCGGGCUCCGGCUCCAACGGCACCUCCACCAGCCACACAGGCAGCAGCAACAGCAGCAAGUACUUUGCCAGCAACGACUCAUCGGACACGUCCCGCAAAGCCCGCAAGAGCCAGGAGCCGCUGGAGCGGCCCAGCUUUGACAAGUGCGUGGAGGACUCCCUGUGGACCAUGAUCCAGCGGACCCCCGAGCCCGUCAUGAUGACCUACCAGAUCCACACCAGGGACCAGGCCCAGGUUCUGAAGGAGGACCGGGAGAAGCUCCUCCUCCUGCAGCCGCUGCAGCCCUGGUUCACUCAGGAGCAGAAGGAGGAGCUGGCUGAGGUGCACCCCUGGAUCCAGCAGCACACACUGCCCCAGGAGAUUGACACGCAGGGCUGUGUUGGCUGUUGUGCUGCGCCCAACGGCGCGUCGCCUCCGCAGUCUCCACAGUCUCCGCACUCUCCACGCCUGCAGACACCCGACACGUCCUGCCCCCUCAACAGCCCGCCAGAGGACGAAAGCCCCGCCCCUGACACCUGACACCUGACACCUAGCCCCACCUCCAGGGGAGUGUAGCCACAUGGACAAAACGGCCACGCCUCUCAGGGCCCCCUUGGAACUCCAUCCGCCCGAUCCCCUCUGCACAUCAGAAAGGAGGAGGGACCUUUCUGUCUGUGUACCUUUCAUUAACACACAUAUACUACGCAAAUAUGCGCCAGGAAAUGCCGCUUGAGGACUUGAACCCGUUGUUUUGGCUACAGCUCAGUGUUUGUUUUUGACCAGUUCAAGAACAAGGCCAGUUAUAAGUACAUAACAAGUACAAGUACAUUACAAGUAUAUAACACCAGAGAUGGAGAGAGCAGCAAAGAGAGUGACAUUUGAAAUGACUCUAUCCUCUCCUUGUCUGCUGCACCUGUAUAUCUUCAAAUGAUGGACCUCCACAACUGUGAAUCUUAAACCAUCCAGCAGUGUAUAUUUAUAUUUACACACAAAUUCCUUUUUCAUAUUCUUUUGUAGAUUGUAUUCAAGCACGAUGGUAUAAAUAUAUACAUAUAUUAUUUUUUUGAUUAAGCCUCCUACGUUGGUGUUUUUUGUACAGUUUUGAGAGUUCUGUGCAAGGCUAUGGAUGGUGUGGCCAGGUCAGGUGUUUUCUGGUGCUGUUAGCUUCCUCUCUGUACAUCAGAGGCUCUCUCUAGCCCCUUGGCCCUAGGGUUGAUGUUGGGGUUGGGGGUGGGGGUGUGACCAUUAACCUUUCCUGCAGUGUAGUUGUGCAUAGUUUGUGCACAAGCUUUUGUAACAGUGUAGGAACAUUCUGGCAGAUUGCGUGUGUUUGCGAGAGGAGGUCCAACGGGUGCCACAUAUCAGCACACACGCAGCGGAGAAUACGCACAAGAUGGAAAUACAUGACUCUGGGACAGAGGGAGAACCUCUUUCAUAAAGGACAACACCUUUUUCACCACAUUCUCUUUGUAUCAGUCGUGGGCCAGCUGAACUGAAAGCAGCACUCUGGGUGUUUUUUUUUUCAUCCACAUUAACUUUUUAACGUUUGUAAUUACAAGAAGAACUUCAAGGCUGGGUUGCGUGAAAUGCCUCAGUCGGCAUGUCUGUUGAAGGUACACGCCCAGUGGUUUUCGAGUUCACGCGGUUGGCUCUGUACUUUUGCCUUCCUUUGGAAAGCUCUGGCAUCUCUAUGUGUUUAACGUUCCCUGAGUGUGUAAGGAAAUUCUUGAACUCCGUAUAUAUUUCAUCGCUCCGAUGAGUUCCAGCCAAGUGUUUCUCUUUGUUUCAGUGAAACUACACGUUAGACA